AUGAAUAACGCUCUGAAACUCCUGAAGGCUAAGAAGCUGAUUGUUCACGAAGAUUGGCAUGACCUCGAAUCCGUGUUCUGGGUUCUCCUCUUCGCUGUUGUGCGUCAUGUUAGGACGAAUCUGAUGCCAGAGGAGAUUCAUGGGCUUUUCGACGGCUCCGAUAGCACGGGCAGGUCUGCAUGGAUGUGGGAGGCCGAGUGGGGUAAUCUGGAAGUGAAAGACCAUCCUCCCCUUACCCGUUGCGUGUGUGAACUCACUAGACUGGUUACUACCCACUAUGGGUUCACUCCGACAAAUCUUAUUACCCAUGACGCCGUUUUGAAGGCUUUAGAAGACACGCUCGAAGCUCAAGACUGGCCAAAGAAGGACCCCAAGGCACUGGUGUUCAAGCGGGCCUUCGACGCCACCGCGCAGAUGCAUCGGUUCACGGGUUUUCAGGUUGCAUCCACGAUGUGGUCCUCGCAGGCCAGUGGCCUGUCAGGACAGCCCUCUCAACAGAGCGGUUCCCUUAAACGCAAGGCUGACACUGAAAAGGAGGAAGAUGCGGUUCAGCCUUCGUCGACCGGCAGUAAGCGGGUCAGGAGUGCGUCAGGAGUGUAA